AUGUGGUUCUUCACGCUCCUGGCCCUCGGGGUCCCCGUUCUGUACCUGCUCAACCGGUGGUCGACAAGCCGGAACGAGCGAAGGCGCAUCGAGCGAGAGGCAAUCCGUCGGGGAUGCAGUCCGCCGCCCGUCAUGCCGAGGAAGGGCUUCAUGGGAUUUGGCUGGCUCGCCGAGGGUCUCCGGGCCACCAAGACCGACAGGGGGCCACAGCACGUAAUUGAGUCCAUCGACCAGGAGAUGGGCAAGGACGUGCACACGGUCCUCGUUGGCAUCUUCGACUACGACCUCAUCGUAUCCCGAGACCCUGCCAACGUGCAGGCGGUCCUCGCCACCGAAGCCCACGAUUGGGACAUCAGCGAGCACCGAGCGGCCAGCUGGGAGCCGCUGAAGCAUUCGCGCUCCCUCAUCCGGCCGCAGUUCUCGAUGCAGCAGAUCAACGACCUCGACUUGCUCGAGCGCCACGUGCAGCAGUUGAUCGCCGCCAUUAGCAGACACCGCGACGGUGGUUGUGCGCAGGGAUGGACCCGCAAGUUCGACUUGCAGCCGCUGUUCUACAACCUCGCCCUCGACGUGGUCACCGAGAUGGUCUACGGCUACUCGGUGCACUCCCAGAAUCCUGCCGAACGCGUCGAGCUCCCGGAGCUCCCUGGCCACGAACCCUCCGACCGCGCGAAUAUCGGAAAGCACAUGGAUGCAGGCAAAUUCUGGGUCGAGACACGCGGCGCGCUCUGGAAAUACCGCUGGUUGCUGCCGUCCUGGCCGUUCAGCAAGCAUUGCGCCGCCGUCCACAAGUACGCCGAAUGGUUCGUGCAGCUCCGGCUCCGUCGCGGGGACGAUUACCUGGACGGGCUACAGCAUCAGCAGGGAGCGGCCAACAAGGAUCGCUACGUCCUCCUGCACGAGCUCGCCAAGAUGACGCAGGACCCCGUCGAGCUACGCAGCCAGACACUCAACGUACUCAUCGCCGGGCGCGACACGACGGCCGCGCUGCUCGGCUGGGCGUUCUACCUGCUGGCUCGCCACCCGCGAGUCUGGAACAAGCUGCGCCGGGACGUGCUGGAGAAGUUUGGACACAACCCGCCGCGCGGAUUUGGAACCAAGGAGUUCCGCGUUCUGCUGCCGUAUUUGCACGCCGUCAUCAACGAGACGCUCCGCGUGGCGCCCGUGGUGCCGCUGAACGAGCGUGUCGCGCUCCGCGACACGAUACUGCCGCGCGGGGGCGGUCCCAACAGGGACCGGCCAAUCUUCGUGCCCAAGGGGACCCAGAUCCUGAUCCCGACGUAUGCCAUGGCGCAGCGACCGGAUCUGUGGGGGCCAGAUUACGACCAGUUCAGGCCUGAGCGGUGGUUGGAGGACGGCGGGCGCAGGUUCGGUUUUGAGUUCCUGCCCUUCGGAGGAGGGGUCCGGCAGUGCCUGGGGCAACAGUUUGCGCGGAUCAAAGCAGCCUACGUGACCGUGAGGCUGCUGCAGCGGUACGACAGGAUUGAAAACGCCGAGACGCCGCCGGACGGGCCAAUGCGGUUUCACCACACCAUCGAAAACAGGAGCGGGAGCGGUGUCCAGGUCCGAUUGCAUGAGGCAGACGCGGAUCCGUCAGCGCCAUAG